AGUGAGAGACCAGCCGCGCUCCUCGCUGCCGCCUCUGCCCUCAACGGGAAGAGUCAGCAAGUCCCCAAGGGCCGCUGAAACGCUGUCUCCGGGGAGCGCAGCGCGCCGACGCCGCCUAACCAGGGCGUCCCGGGGCAUGCCGGGAGGUGUAGUUCUACCGCCACGGCACCCCGCCCUCCUCGCAGGGGCAGGCUCCCACAGCCGCACUACGACUCCCGGCAUCCCGCGCGCAGCGCCGCGAGGAGCCCAGUUGAAGCGGGUGGCGGCCGAGCGCGCCCCCUCCCCCCGCCGAAAAGCCCCAAACCAAAACAAAAACAAACCGUCCCCCCUCCUCCCGCCCUCCAACCCCUCGCCCUCCCGCCGAGCCCCGGAAAUGGCGGCGCCAGGAGGGGGCUCUGCCCGCCAGGGGUGCUGAUCCGGCCGCCGUGUCCCCUGUCCGUCCCUCCCCGCCCAUGGGUGAGACAUGGACUACGAGUUCAAGUCGAAGCUGGCGGCCGAGCGCGAGCGGGUGGAGGACCUGUUCGAGUACGAAGGCUGCAAAGUGGGCAGAGGCACCUACGGGCACGUCUACAAGGCCCGUCGCAAGGACGGAAAAGAUGAAAAGGAGUAUGCACUGAAACAAAUUGAAGGUACAGGAAUAUCCAUGUCGGCCUGUAGAGAGAUUGCACUUUUACGAGAGUUGAAGCACCCUAACGUGAUUGCAUUGCAGAAGGUUUUCCUUUCUCAUAGUGACAGAAAGGUUUGGCUGCUGUUUGAUUAUGCUGAACAUGAUCUGUGGCAUAUUAUCAAGUUUCACCGUGCCUCAAAAGCAAAUAAAAAGCCCAUGCAGUUGCCAAGAUCUAUGGUUAAAUCCCUACUCUACCAGAUCCUCGAUGGAAUCCAUUACCUCCAUGCAAACUGGGUGCUUCACAGAGAUCUGAAACCAGCAAAUAUUCUGGUAAUGGGUGAAGGUCCUGAAAGAGGAAGAGUCAAAAUAGCUGAUAUGGGUUUUGCAAGAUUGUUCAACUCACCUUUGAAGCCAUUGGCAGAUUUGGAUCCAGUUGUGGUGACAUUCUGGUACAGAGCUCCAGAGCUGUUACUUGGAGCCAGACAUUACACAAAGGCUAUUGAUAUUUGGGCAAUUGGCUGCAUAUUUGCUGAACUGUUGACUUCAGAACCUAUAUUUCACUGUCGUCAGGAGGACAUCAAAACAAGCAAUCCUUUUCAUCAUGAUCAGCUAGAUCGCAUUUUCAGUGUAAUGGGAUUCCCUGCAGAUAAAGAUUGGGAAGACAUAAGGAAGAUGCCAGAAUACCCAACUCUUCAGAAAGAUUUUAGGAGAACAACAUAUGCCAAUAGUAGCCUCAUAAAAUACAUGGAGAAACACAAAGUCAAGCCUGACAGCAAAGUUUUUCUUUUGCUUCAGAAGCUUCUUACUAUGGACCCUACAAAGAGAAUUACCUCAGAGCAGGCUUUGCAGGACCCCUACUUUCAAGAGGAUCCUCUGCCUACAUCAGAUGUAUUUGCUGGCUGUCAGAUUCCAUAUCCUAAAAGAGAAUUCCUCAAUGAAGAUGAACCCGAAGAGAAAGGGGAUAAGAAUCAACAGCAGCAGAAUCAACAUCAGCAGCAAACAGCACCUCAGCAGCAGCCGCAGGCAGCGCCGCAGCAGCCGCAGCCACAGCAGCAGAACAGCACCCAGACCAAUGGGACGGCCGGGGCCGCUGGCGCGGGAGGAGGGGGAGCAGGUGCAGGGCUCCAGCACAGCCAGGACUCCAGCCUCAACCAGGUGCCUCCCAACAAGAAACCACGCAUAGGGCCUUCAGGCGCUAACUCAGGCGGGCCUGUCAUGCCUUCAGAUUAUCAGCACUCCAGCUCACGCCUGAGUUACCAAAGCAACAUUCAGGGAUCUUCUCAGUCCCAGAGUACAAUGGGCUAUUCCACGUCAUCUCAGCAGAGCUCCCAGUAUCACCAAUCUCAUCAGUCUCACAGGUACUGAGAGGGCUGACUCAAAGGAAAGGACUAAAAGCCAGAAGACUCCAGCAAUAUGAAGUUCAUAACAAUGAGAAGAACCAAAAAUACAAACUUAUGAUGCAGAAUUAAAUUCACGAUGACAAAAGGAAAACUUCACUCACUGAAGACUCUCCCCAUAGCCCCCCAUCCCUUUAUUGCCAUAAAAGAGAUUCUCGUGAAGUUUUCCUUCCUCCCUGCCCUUGCAUGUGCUCCAUUGUGGUUACUCUAAUGAACUCUUCUGAUCUGAACCCAGCACUUAACUUCUUUAACCUUUGGAAUUUUGAAGGAUUCCUGGUGCACCUUCCUUAUGCUGUAGUGAUUGCCAUAAAUCUGUCUUUUCAAUCUCUUUGAUGGGAUUUUAAAGUUUUAAAAUCUUGAACUCCCAGGCUUUCAAGCUUGUAUAUAGUUAGUUUUAUACUAGGCAAACCAGUUUAGCUAUACAGGUAUAUUGCACCUUUUUAAAGCACUAUGUUAUUUUCACAGGAUAUUACUGUUUUGCUCAUGGAUGUCAAGAACAGCAAGAUUUUACUGUUCCAGAGUAUUUUACUAUUCUGUUUUUAUUAGUCUAGUUUUCAGGCGAGGUCUUAAAAAUAGAAAAUUUAAAAAAGAAAUAAAAUUUAAAAAAGAAAAGAAAAAAAAAAGAAAAAAAAACACCCAAGUCUCUGCAGCAAAAUAUAUGCUUCAUGCUACUGGACUGAACGCCAAACAGAAGAUUGCUGAUAUUUCUUAACUCAUUCACAUUGAAUUCUUGAAAUCACAGUGAUCGUGCUCUGACUAGUUUUAAACUAAGCGUUAUUUUAAAUGAAACCAGGACAGUCACAUGAAAAGGAGAUGCUUUCAGGAUCUGUUGGAACAGAAGAAUGGAAUGUCUUCCCAGGCUGGACACCAAAAUAGUCAGGAAAAGGUAUUUACUGCCCUCAAGUCUCAGUAGGAAUGUGGAUGAUGGUUUUGUUUUUCUGUUAAGCAGCUGAUUAAUGUACAUGAGAGUUCUAUAAAUUUAGCUUUCUUUCACAUUCCUGAGCCAGUUUUCUAAAUGUAAAGGUGACAAAAAUACUAAGACUUGAGAAAACAAAUGCAUUUAAUAAUUUUAUAUUAGAAUUAAUAAUUAAGAGAAAUUAUUGUGCAGUUUGAAAAGCAUGUUGAAAAUUGUUCCUUUUUCAUGUCUGUAAUACAUAUUCUGCGUCCCUCAUAUUGCUGUGAUUAACCCAGAUUAGUUACACCAGAUGCGCUUGAUUGCACUGAGAUGUUUCUUUUUCCCUAGAGCAAACAUAUUUUGAUUGUGCCUAAGGAUUGUAAGUGGAUGGGUAGCUGGCAGAAAAUCCCCAGUAAUUAAGCAAGAGUUCAGAAGCAUAAUCAGAGGAUUAUUGUCCAACUUCUGCAACCACAGUUACUCGGGGAGACACAACAUGUAAUUUGGGACCACUUCAUUUUUCUCUCAGCCUUCA